UGGUUAUCAAUAUUUAGCAAACAGGUGUGUGAGCGUAUGUGUGUGUGUAGGGGAAAUCACAGGAAAGUAUUCUUUCUUAUUUUCGGAUUGAAGAGAUGUUGAAGUUCUGUUUAAUAUGUGUUUUUGUUGUCGUGAGAGUUCUGGAGGUAGACGCUGUUAUUUCAUUUUCUUCUGUGAACUGUACGAAGUCACCAAACUGUUCACUUUUCAACCUCGGCUCAAACGUUGUCACGAUGGAAGAUUUACAAAAGGAAAUCGAAAACGGAGUCUGGGCGAUGAUUUAUUACUCAGAGUUCGACUCCAAACAAACGUAUGGAAAAUGUAACUUUAAAUGGCAUGUUCCAAACGAAAACAAUGUUGUUCGAAGGCAGGUUACGUGCUACAAUUUUGACCUGGAAGAGUGUGAAGACUAUGGACAAAAUGUCAAGAGGAAGGUUGACAACUGUGGAACAGCAGAAGAAAAUGGAGUAAAUGCAAUUAUGGAUGCAAAGUUUUACAGUCAAGACAUCUUUCACUAUUUUUGGUACGAUUCAUGUUACGAGUACGACAGUAAUAACGAAUGCACAGUUCGCUUCUUAGACCUGAUGGUGAGGAAGAAAAGAGUUUUAAGUAAACCCUCGUUCCAGGCGGUUUCACCGUAUUCAUACAGACCUCGAAACUAUAAAAAAUAUCAGCCAGCAAGACAAUAUCGUUUUAGGACACCAGCAAAACAAGUACUUGACCUGCAUGGGUUGCCCUGGGAUCUGAUAUCUGCCGAUCUGAAGAAUCUUAUUGACCUGAACAUUGGUGAGGACUUCAUGAAGUUUUCGUGGCUGGGGCCAGAGUGUGGAUUUGACGGGAAAGUUAUACAGGGGCCGUAUACAUUUUAUUGAACUAACGUGUUUAAGUUUGAUGGUGGAGGUGUUAUGUUAUUGUAUAGACAUGGUAACAUUCGUAGGAAAGUGUGGAUAAUUUACAUGAAUAAUUGAUAUCACGUUAUAUAAAAAUGGUUAACGCCAGGUGGACCUUUCAAUCCAUAAGACUUAUGUUGCUUGAUUCUCUCAUAUAUAGAAAUAUCCCCCGAUUCCAAUGUGUUAAUGACUUUUGUUCUCUAAAUGUUUUAUAAUGAUUUUAAAUUAUCUGUUACUUACCAUGUAUUUUCAAAAAAUUUAAUGAAGAUGUGAAAAUAUAUCAAAAGACUUGUUGGUAAAUGAGAUUUAAGACAUUGACAAAAAUAAAUGAUAUAUUAGAA